AAACAGAAGAAGAAAGAAGAGAAGAAAGAAAGAAAGAAGAAAGAAAGAAAGAAACAAGAAAAGAAGCAGAAGAAGAAACAGAAGAGAAGAAGAAAGAAAGAGAAAGAAAGAAAAGAGAAGAAAGAAGAG